UGUUUGUGUAUGAAUGUGUAUAUUUUAGGGAAUAGGUUAAGAGCUGAAACAAAACAUGGCUGGUGGUGCUGCUGGAGGUUUUAUUUCGCGAGCAUUCGAGUCGAUGCUCAAGGAGUGUUCCGGUAAAAAGUUUGCAGCUCUUCAGACUGCUGUCAAGACAUAUUUAGAUAGUACGAAGGAGGUAAAAAAGAGUCUAACUUCUAGUGAGACUAAUCAAGCAACAACUUCAAAAGGAGAUCAGAGUUCAGUGGAAAGUGGCAUUGGACCUCCAAAAAAUGGGGCCAAUCAUGAUUCAGCUGUAACUUUGCCAACUGAUGGCAAGCAGGUUGCUAAAAGCCCAACUAUCACAGCUGCCUUGGCAAAUGCAGGACAUGUUCUGGACGGAGCUGAUUCGGAGCUUGUUCUUAAUCCACUUCGACUUGCUUUUGAAACAAAAAAUAUCAAAGUUGUAGAGCUUGCACUAGAUUGUCUUCAUAAACUCAUUGCAUAUGAUCAUUUGGAGUGUGAUCCUGGUCUAGAUGGUGGUAAAGAUGCCACAAUGUAUGCAGACAUGCUAAACAUGGUCUGCGGUUGUGUGGAUAAUUCGUCCCCGGACAGUACUAUUCUCCAAGUUUUAAAGGUUCUUCUGACUGCUGUAUCAUCAACAAAAUUUAGAGUACAUGGGGAACCAUUGCUAGGAGUAAUCAGGGUCUGCUAUAAUAUCGCGCUUAAGAGUAAGAGUCCUGUGAAUCAAAUGACUUCAAAGGCAAUGUUGACCCAGAUGAUCAGCAUUGUCUUUAGGCGAAUGGAAACUGAUCUGGGGUCUACUUCCAGUGGUUCUACACAUAAAGAAGCUGCGUCGAAUGAUGGAUUCUGUGCUAAUCUGGAAGAGACCUUACCAAGUAAUGAGAGCAUGGCAGGAGCGAUUUCUGCUGCAGAUACAUUUUCUGUGAAUGAAGUGAAAGACACAUCUGUUGAGGAACUUCAUAAUCUUGCAGGUGCUUCCGAUAUAAAGGGUUUAGAGGCAGUUCUUGACAAGGCUAUAAAUCUCGAAGAUGGCAAAAGGACAAGAGGAAUUGAUCUUGAAAGCAUGGACAUUGCUCAACGUGACGCUUUAUUACUUUUCCGCACCCUAUGCAAUAUGAGUAUAAAGGAAGAUAGUGAUGAAGUUACCACCAAGACAUGUAUUUUGUCUCUUGAGCUUUUGCAGGGAUUAGUGGAAGGAGUCAGUCACUCAUUCACCAAAAACUUCAAUUUUAUCGACUCGGUAAAAGCCUACCUUUCAUAUGCAUUAUUGAGAGCUUCCAUUUCUCAGUCCCCUGCCAUAUUCCAGUAUGCAUCAGGAAUCUUCUUUGUACUUCUGUUGCGGUUUAGGGAAUGUCUUAAAGGUGAAAUUGGUAUAUUUUUCCCAUUGAUUAUAUUACGAUCUUUGGAGGGCACGGAAUGCCCUCUUAACCAAAAGUUAAACGUUAUCCGGAUGCUUGAGAAAGUCUGCAAGGAUUCCCAGAUGCUUGUUGACAUAUAUGUAAAUUAUGACUGCGAUCUUCAAGCACCUAAUUUGUUUGAGCGAAUGGUAGUCACUGUAUCUAAAAUUGCUCAAGGGACUCAAAAUGUAGAUCCAAAUUCAGUAAAUGCUUCACAGAUUGGUUCAAUUAAAGAAUCAUCUGUUCAGUGUCUUGUGAGCAUUUUAAAAUCACUAGCUGUUUGGGAGAAGUCACAAAGAGAUUUAGAGAAUCAGCGCCGGGUCAACCUAAGUUUGGAAAAUGGGUUGGCUACAAAAUAUAAGAACAAGGUUGGGGAUGAUUUGCAGAACAACUUUGAGAAGUCAAAGGCUCAUAAAUCCACCUUGGAAGCUGCAAUAGCUACGUUUAACGAAAACCCUGGGUGGGGUAUUAAAUACUUGAUCUCCAAUAAGUUGGUGGAUAACACCCCUGGUUCAGUUGCUGAGUUUCUGCAGAAUACUCCUACACUGAGCAAGGUUAUGAUUGGUGAUUACAUGGGGCAACCCGAGGACUUUCCACUUGCAGUCAUGCAUGCUUACGUUGAUUCUAUGAAGUUUAGGGGAAUGAAGUUUGGAACUGCAAUCCGGGAAUUCCUCAGAGGAUUUCGGUUACCAGGAGAAGCACAGAAGAUAGAUAGAAUAAUGGAGAAGUUUGCAGAGCGUUAUUGUGCAGAUAAUCCAAGUUUGUUUAAGAAUGCAGAUACUGCUUAUGUUCUUGCAUAUGCAGUCAUCAUGUUGAAUUCUGAUGCUCACAAUCCAAUGGUUUGGCAUAAGCUUUCAAAGACAGAUUUCAUACAGAUGAAUACCUCUAAUGAUGCUGAAGAAUGUGCUCCGACUGAACUUUUGGCGGAGAUCUAUGAUUCUGUUGUCAACGAAGAAAUAAAAAUGAAAGAUGAUUCAGAGGAUUAUGGAAGUAGCAGCAAACAGGAUCCAGAAGCGGAAGAUAGAGGCCGCCUUAUUACUAUUCUUAAUUUGGCCCUUCCUAAAAGCAGAUCUUCAUUUGACAAUAAGUCUGAGAGUGAGGCUAUUAUUAAAAAAACACAAGCUAUUCUUCGUAAUCAAGGACCAAAAAGAGGAGUGUUAUAUAUAUCACAUCAAAUUGAGCUUGUAAGGCCUAUGGUUAAGGCUGUUGGUUGGCCUUCACUUGCCACUUUUUCUGUUAUCAUGGAGGAAGGAGAGAAUAAGUCAAGGGUUGUUCUCUGUAUGGAAGGGUUUAAAGCCGGGAUACACCUUACUCAUGUUCUUGGGAUGGAUACCAUGCGCUAUGCUUUUUUAACUUCUCUGCUCAGAUUCAAUUUCUUACACGUGCCAAAAGAUAUGCGUAAUAAAAAUGUUGAAGCAUUACGGACUCUUUUGGAUUUAUGCCACUCUGACACCGGUGCUCUUCAGGACACAUGGAAUGCUAUUUUGGAAUGCUUUUCACGUCUUGACUUUCUCGCAUGGACGCCAGCCAUGGCUACAACAGUCAUGCAAGGGUCAACCCAGAUCUCUAAAGAUGCAAUAUUUCAAUCUCUUAGAGAGCUGGCUGGAAAACCAGUUGAACAAGUGUUUGUUAAUAGUGUUAAGUUGCCCAGUGAAUCAGUUGUGGAGUUCUUUACCGCUCUGUGCAAUGUGUCUGCUCAAGAACUUCGACAGACGCCAGCUCGUGUUUUCAGCUUACAAAAACUUGUGGAGAUCAGCUAUUAUAACAUGGCUCGUAUACGUAUGGUAUGGGCAAGGAUAUGGUCUGUGCUGGCUAAUCACUUUAUCUCGGCUGGUAGUCAUCGUGAUGAGAAAAUUGCUGUGUACGCCAUAGAUUCUCUACGACAACUUGGGAUGAAAUAUUUAGAACGUUCUGAACUUAAUAAUUUCACCUAUCAGAAUGAUAUCCUGAAACCAUUUGUCAUUCUUAUGAGAAGUAGUCAAAGCGAAUCUAUCCGAAGGCUGAUUGUUGAUUGCAUUGUUCACAUGAUUAAAUCGGAAGUUGGAAGCAUCAAGUCUGGAUGGCGAAGCAUUUUUUUUGUUUUUACUGCCGCCGCUGCUGAUGAAUUGGAACCCAUCAUUGAAAGUGCAUUUGAAAAUGUAGAACAGGUUAUAUUGGAACACUUCGAUCAAGUUGUUGGAGAUUGCUUCAUCAACUGUGUCGAUUGUCUAAUCGGGUUUGCCAACAACAAAAAAUCUCAUAGUAUUAGUUUGAAGGCUAUUGCACUUCUUCGCAUCUGUGAGGAUCGUCUUUCUGAGGGCCUUCUACCCGGUGGUACUUUAAAGCCCAUUGUUGUUAAUGCUGAUAAAAGUCUUGAUAUUACAGAGCACUAUUGGUUUCCAAUGCUGGCUGGUUUAUCUGAUCUGACAUCUGAUUCAAGACCAGAAGUUAGAAGUUGCGCACUUGAGGUCCUGUUUGAUCUUCUAAAUGAGAGAGGAAGCAAGUUCUCAUCAUCAUUCUGGGAAAAAAUAUUCAACAGAGUCCUGUUUCCUAUUUUUGAUCACGUGAGGCAUGCUGGUAAAGAAAACCUAGUCUCUUCUGAAAAUGGGUGGCCUCGUGAAAGCACCAUUCAUUCACUUCAAUUGUUAUGUAACCUGUUCAAUACAUUUUACAAGGAAGUAUCAUUUAUGCUGCCUCCCCUACUCAGUUUGCUGUUAGAUUGUGCCAAAAAGACAGAUCAGUCAGUUGUAUCAAUUUGUUUGGGGGCAUUGGUCCAUCUCAUUGAAGUUGGUGGACACCAAUUCAGUGAACCUGACUGGGAUACAUUGUUAAAUAGCAUCAGGGAUGCAUCAUGCACGACACAACCUCUAGAGUUGCUGAAUACAACAGAUUUUGAAAAUCAAACAGUAUCGACAAAGGACUUGGAAGUAUACACGGGAGACGCCCCAAAGAUUUCAGAUACUGAACAAUUGCAUAAUCAUGAGACCAUUAAUAGCAGUGCUGUUGACAGUGCAAAGAAUUUUUAUUCUUCUACUUCAGACCAGGAUAUGGAUAUGCAAACUGAUACUGAUGCCGAAGGCCUUCCAUCACCUUCAGGAAGAUCUCAUAAACAUGCUACUGAUCACAAACUUCAACGGAGUGAAACAUUUGGACAGAGGAUGAUGGGAAAUAUGAAGAAGAGCCUCAUUAGAUCUUUUACUUUCAAGUCAAAAACUUCCGUGUCAGAUGUACUAUCUACUCCAUCUAAGCUCUCUGAUGUUAUGGAUCCCGUGGAGGCUGAGGUAAAAGAUGAAGAGUCCAUAAUCAUGGGAACAAUUAGGAGCAAGUGCAUCACUCAAUUGUUGCUUCUAGGAGCCAUCGACAGCAUGCAGAAGAAAUACUGGGCCAUGCUAAAGACCGCACAAAAGAUCAAAGUCAUGGAUAUAUUGUUCUCUAUCUUAGAGUUUGCUGCAUCUUAUAAUUCAUAUACCAACCUCAGACUGCGGAUGCAGCACAUUUCUGCUGAAAGGCCACCUUUAAACCUUCUUCGCCAAGAAUUAGCUGGAACUUGUAUCUAUUUAGAUGUGUUACAGAAGUCCACUGGUGGACAUAACUCUAAAACACAGGGGGAACUUAAAUCCAGUCUUCCUGAGAAUGUUGAUGCUUCACCAAAAUAUAACGAUGAUGAACUGAUGGGGAUAGCAGAAGCAAAACUAGUAUCGUUUUGUGCACAUGUACUAAGGGAGGCAUCUCAUUUCCAGUCUAAUUUGGGAGAGACUACAAACAUGAAUAUUCAUCUAGUUCUGGAAUUACGCUCUCCAGUCAUUGUCAAGGUGCUUAAAGGGAUGCACUUUAUGAACAAACAGAUAUUCAGAAAGCACCUUAUAGAGUUUUAUCCUUUAAUAACUAAACUCAUAUGCUGCGACCAGAUGGAUAUUCGUGAAGCACUUGCUGAUUUAUUGAAGGGGCAAUUGCAAUUAAUGUUGCUGUGAAAGACUUGCAUUUCAGAACUUCUCUGACAGUCAAAUAUAAGUUCACGCAUCAACAAUCAUUGCUUUCCAAGUCAAUCUUUAUCAAUAGCAUUAGUACAGAUAUUUCGGGUAGUUUUGGUUCCCAGAAUUUUAAAGGAGGGUUUUGAAGGGAUGGAAUAUUGAAGAGAGGACAGAUUUAUGCGAAAGGCGUGUGAUACAAAUUUUUGAGAUUUGUAAAUCAGGUUGCAUUGCUGCAGCGACUUGCAUUUGAUUGCUGCUUUUAGGCAUGGCUUAUGCCCAUAAAUAAGAACAUUUUCGUAAGUUCAGGAAAUCUACACCCUCCUCUCUCUGUUUUAAGAAGCAGUAUGUUUGCCACUGUCAGUUUAGAGUCGCCAGCUUUGCCUUGCUGAUCUUUUUCUUCUG